CUUCAUUCCUUUCAUUUCCUGUUCUUUAUCAUCAGCUUUCCCUGCGAGGUUAUUUUGAAUACUGGUAUCUUCCCAAGAAACAAACACGCAAUGGGGAGAGAAACUUGGUGGGUCCUUCUCCUUCUCUCAAUAACACUGCUCUUUCCGAAUGAAAGCCAUGGAAGUAGAAGUGGGCAAGAACAAGCCCUCAAGAAUCUGAAUAAAGCCAAAUUCUGGGGAGCUUCCGUUGACAGAAGCAGUGAAACAAUCAAAGACGUGUUUGGUGACGAUGAUCGUUACUAUUAUCCUCAACAAGGAUUCAAAGAGAAAGAUAGAAUACAGAGACUUCCAGGACAGCCUCAAGGUGUGAAUCUCUCUCAAUAUGGAGGGUAUGUUACUGUGGAUAAGAUUGCAGGGCGAGCUUUUUAUUAUUAUUUUGUUGAAGGUCAACAGCCUCACCAGCACAAAUUGCCUCUUCUUCUUUGGCUCAAUGGAGGUCCAGGAUGCUCGUCUCUAGCAUACGGAGCAAUGCAAGAAGUGGGACCCCUUCGAGUGAAUAGUGACGGCAAAACACUUCACGCCAAUGAAUAUUCAUGGAACCACGCUGCAAACGUAUUGUUUGUGGAAUCACCAGCAGGAGUGGGAUUUUCAUACUCAAACAAGACAUCAGAUUAUGACAAAAAUGGAGACAAAAGAACUGCUGAAGACAACUAUGCAUUCUUAAGAAAUUGGUUAGAGAGAUUUCCUGAGUAUAAAUCCUCUGAUUUCUACAUUGCUGGUGAGAGUUAUGCUGGCCAUUAUGUUCCUCAACUUGCUCACACCAUUCUUCAUCACAACCACCACCCAAACUCCACCUUCGUCAUCAACCUCAAAGGCGUCUUGAUAGGGAAUGCUGUGAUAAAUGACGAUACAGACAACAGAGGAGUGUGGGAUUUUUUGGCAAGCCAUGCCAUAAUAUCAGACCAUGCAGCACGUGAUGUGAACAAAUUGUGCGAUUUCUCAGAGACUGUCUCUAAUCAAAGCAGUGAAUGUAGAGCAGCUUUGGCUGAAAUAGAGGAAGAUAUUGACAACAUCGAUAUCUUCAACAUCUAUGCUCCUCAAUGCAUUGAUUCCAACCUCACCUCCGUCCCUAAGCUUACCUCUGCAGUGAUAGACCCAUGCAGUGAAUUUUAUGUGAAAGCAUACAUGAACCGGGCUGAGGUGCAAGAGGCAUUACAUGCCAAUGUCACGAAACUCACACAUCACUGGACACUCUGUGGAGGUUUCGAAUGGACUGAUAGCCCUUCCACUGUUCUUCCACUCUUACAAGAGUUCCUCGAUCAUAGCCUUCGUGUUUGGAUUUUCAGUGGUGACGUGGAUGGAGUAGUGCCAGUAACUUCAACCAAGUAUUCCAUGGAGAAGCUGAAUCUCACUGUUAAAACGGCUUGGCAUCCUUGGUUCGUUAAAGGAGAGGUUGGAGGAUACACACAAGUGUAUGCGGGAGACAUGAGAUUUGCAACAGUGAGAGGAGCAGGACAUGCAGUCCCAAGCUACAAGCCUGCAAGAGCUCUUUCUCUGCUCAUUCACUUCUUACAAGGCAUCCCUCUUCCUAAUACCACUACUUCAUCAAUGCUCAUUUGAUUUUUAACUUCCUUCAAACUUUGUUAUAAUAUAUUUCAAACAUUUUCACGCAUAUUAAUUCGCACUUGUUUUUAACCCGUUCUGUUUUUUGUUUUUUGUUUUUUUUAGAUAAGUUACUUU